ACUUGUCUUGUCUGAUAAAAAUAAAAACAUUCAUUUAUUUAUUGUGAGUAUAGUUGGUGAACUGUGUUCAUCGUUCUCAACUACCACACUCCAACCAACAGUUGCGCGUUCUUUUGGCUGUGAAUUGUUUUGUUUUGCUUUUUUUAUAUAAUUAAAUAGCAGUAAUUAAUAACAAUUAAAAGACUUUUUUUUGUUCCUAGAUCAGUGUUAAUUAAUAGUUUUUCCUUAAGAAAAUGAAAUUAUUAAUAUUGGUAAUUUGUAUUGCAUUGCCAUUAUGCAUAUAUGGACAAGGUUCAUUAGAUGAUUUGGUAAAAGCAAAUAAACAAAGAACUUCCAUGAAACCAAGAGCAGCUGCAGGUGAUGAAGAUGAUUUAGAUUCAUUAAUCGAAGAUGUAUUUAAUAUUAAUCCACCAGCAUCAUCAACUGCAACACCAGAUCGAAUUGGUGGAAAUACAAAUUUAAAUCCUGGUGGUAACACCAACUUAAAUCCAUCACCAUCAAACCCUGGUGGAGAGGGUGUUAAUACUGGUGAACGUAUUGGUGAUUGUGAAUGUGUACCGUAUUAUUUAUGUAAAAAUAAUACAAUUAUUACCGAUGGUGAAGGAUUACUUGAUAUCAGAAUGAAACCUGGCCCAUGUAAAAGUUAUUUUGAUGUAUGUUGUACAUUAGCAAAUAAAUUACCACUACCAAUCACCACCCCAAAACCACCACAAAAACCAAGCGGAUGUGGAGUACGUAAUCCAGAAGGAGUUGGUUUCCGAAUUACUGGUGAUAAAGAUAAUGAAGCACAAUUCGGUGAAUUCCCAUGGAUGGUAGCAAUUUUACGUGAGGAUACUGUCGAUGGAAAAACUAAAUUUAAUAUUUACCAAUGCGGUGGUUCAUUAAUUCAUCCACGUGUUGUAUUAACGGCUGCCCAUUGUGUAUCGGAUCCUGCAAAACAUGCCUCAUUGAAAGUCCGUGCUGGGGAAUGGGACACGCAGACCACCAACGAAUUAUAUCCAAAUCAAGAUCGAGCUGUUGAAUCGGUUGAAAUCCAUCCAGAUUAUUAUGCUGGUGCAUUAUUUAAUGACAUUGCAUUAUUGUUCUUGAAAGAUCCUGUAGAUAUUGCUGAAAACGUUGAUGUAGUAUGUUUACCACCAGACAAUGUACAAAUUGAUAAAUCCAGAUGUUUUGCCAGUGGAUGGGGUAAAGAUGUAUUCGGCCAAGAAGGACGUUAUCAGGUUAUUCUAAAGAAAAUUGAAUUACCAAUCGUACCAAGGCCACAAUGUGUUGAAGCGUUACGUAAUACCCGUUUAGGUAAACAUUUCCAAUUGCAUGAGAGUUUCAUCUGUGCUGGUGGGGAACCUGGAAAAGAUACGUGUAAAGGUGAUGGCGGUAGUCCAUUAAUCUGUCCAAUUCAAGGUAAACCAAAUCAAUUCCAACAAGUUGGUAUUGUGGCUUGGGGUAUUGGUUGUGGAGAAAAUCAAACGCCUGGAGUUUAUGUCAAUGUUCCACUCUUCAGAGCAUGGAUUGAUGAAACAUUUGUUUUUAAAAACAUUGAACGUACUUUUUAUACUUACUAAGUUCAUUAGACCAUGUAAUUGUUCUUCAGGAAAAACCCAAUGAUAUUUUCCAAAAAAAAUGAUAUUUUUACAAAAAAUUUUUUGUACGUAAAUCAAAGAUUAUUUUAUAUUGACCC